AUGGAGGGUCAUCUUCGAGCCAUUCUUGGAACCUUGACAGUAGAAGCAAUCUACAGAGAUCGCGAUCAGUUUGCCGCUUUAGUUCGGGAAGUUGCUGCCCCAGAUGUGGGUCGGAUGGGCAUAGAGAUUCUGAGCUUCACCAUCAAGGACGUUUAUGACCGUGUAGAAUACUUGAAUUCGCUUGGCCGAGCCCAGACGGCCAAUGUCAAACGAGACGCAGAUAUCGGUGUGGCAGAGGCUGAACGUGACGCUGGGAUUCAGGAAGCUCAGUGCGAACGUGCCCGAAUGGAUGUACGCUACACCGCGGACACACAUAUUGCCAAUUCUACUCGCGAUUUCGAGUUGCAGAAAGCCAGUUUCGAUCAAGAAGUGAACACCGCCCGUGCCGAGGCUGAGUUAGCUUAUCAAUUACAGGCUGCUAGAGAAAAACAGAAAAUCCGUGCCGAAGAGGUGAAUAUCAGCAUUGUUGAGCGACGAAAACAGAUCGAGAUAGAAGAGAAAGAGAUCGAAUGUAGCGAGAAAAAAAUGGACGCAACCGUCCGUCGACCGGCUGAAGCGGAAGCCUACCGGUUGCAGCAAAUUGCCGAAGGACAACGGGCACAGAAAAUCAUGCUGGCUCAAGCCGAGGCUGAUGGAAUUCGAGCUCGUGGUUUGGCUAAUGCAGCCGUGAUUCAAGCUAAAGGUCAAGCGGAAGCGGAACGCAUGCGUUUGCGGGCUAAGGCUUAUGAUCAAUACGGAGAUGCAGCCAUGCUCAGCCUGGUCCUGGACACCCUUCCGCGUGUUGCGGCUGAAAUUGCUGCCCCACUGUCACGAACAAAGGAAAUUGUUAUCAUGAGUGGCAGUGGAUCUGGCGGUGAUACGCUAGGCAAUCUGACCAAUUUGGGGCGUGAUUUCGCCACAAUGAUGGGUAGUGUUCCACCAGCCGUGCGUGCAUUAACUCAGGUAGACCUAACCAAGGUAAUUACUUCAAUUUGA